AUGAAGGAUAUUCUACUGUAUAACUACACAAAAAUCGAAUGCCUCUCUGUUAAGGGUAUUACAGAGGAUUUAACAAAACCAGCACAUUUAACAAUUAAGGUGUGGAAUCCACAAUUAUCAUUACGAGCCCAUUGCCAUCUAAAGGGAAAAAUGCUAAUAUUUAAUGUUGAAGGUGAUGCUGAUUUAGAGGUUCAUAUGUUUAAUACAACUACGCUGAUAGAUGUCGAUCUGGUGCCCACGGUAAAGGAUAAUCAAAGUUACUUGAAAGCCACCUCAUUUUAUGCCAAACAACAAACACCGAGUAUGAAAAUGUAUUUCAAAAAUUCAACUCUCUUCAAUGGUGACCAAACAUUUGCCGAUGCCUUUACUGAUACCAUCAAUGAGAAUUGGCCAUUGAUGCUUAAUGAAAUUCAACCGUACUUUGAAAAAGCCAAUGCUAAAGUGUCCUUGGCUGUACUUAAUAAGAUUUUAACAACCAUACCUACCGAUCAAUAUUUUAAAGAUGCAAAAUGA